CGAGUGGUGUGGGGGCUCCGGCCAGCGGCGAAGGAGGCGCCAUGGGGGAGAUCACCAACGUCAUGGAGUACCAGGCCAUCGCGAAGCAGAAGCUUCCCAAGAUGGCCUACGACUACUACGCCUCCGGCGCCGAGGACGAGUGGACGCUCAAUGAGAACCGGGAGGCCUUCUCCAGGAUCCUGUUCCGCCCUCGCAUACUGAUCGAUGUCUCCAAGAUUGACAUGACCACAAGUGUUCUGGGCUUCAAGAUCUCAAUGCCCAUUAUGAUUGCUCCUACCGCCAUGCAGAAAAUGGCUCACCCAGAUGGGGAGUAUGCAACUGCACGGGCUGCAUCAGCAGCAGGGACUAUCAUGACACUGUCAUCAUGGGCUACUUCAAGUGUUGAGGAGGUUGCCUCCACCGGACCUGGAAUCCGUUUCUUCCAGUUAUAUGUGUACAAGGACAGGAAGGUGGUGGAGCAGCUUGUGAGAAGGGCCGAGAAGGCCGGGUUCAAGGCGAUCGCGCUCACCGUGGACACCCCACGCCUCGGCCGCCGCGAAGCCGACAUCAAGAACAGGUUCGUUCUGCCGCCACACCUGACGCUGAAGAACUUUGAGGGCCUGGACCUUGGCAAGAUGGACCAGGCCAACGAUUCUGGGCUGGCGUCGUACGUUGCUGGGCAGGUUGACCGCACCCUCAGCUGGAAGGAUGUCAAGUGGCUGCAGAGCAUCACCUCGCUGCCGAUCCUGGUGAAGGGAGUCAUCACUGCCGAGGACGCGAGGCUGGCCGUCCACUCCGGCGCGGCGGGCAUCAUCGUGUCGAACCACGGCGCGCGCCAGCUGGACUACGUGCCCGCCACCAUCAGCGCCCUCGAGGAGGUCGUGACGGCGGCGCAGGGGCGCAUCCCGGUGUACCUCGACGGCGGCGUCCGGCGCGGCACCGACGUGUUCAAGGCGCUCGCCCUCGGCGCCGCCGGCAUCUUCGUCGGGAGGCCGGUGGUGUUCGCGCUGGCGGCGGAGGGCGAGGCGGGCGUCCGGAACGUGCUGCGGAUGCUGCGGGAGGAGUUUGAGCUGACCAUGGCGCUCAGCGGCUGCACCACGCUGGCCGACAUCAACCGCAGCCACAUCCUCACCGAGGGCGACAAACUCCGCCCCACGCCCAGGUUGUGAGCGGGGGCCGCCGCCGCUGCCUCGCCGCGCAUCCGCCUAUCGAUCAACCAACGAUGGUGCCCCGGCGGCCGGCGAGCUCGAUCGCCGCGCACCCAAUAAUCCGUGAUACAAUAAGAACGUUAAAGAUUAGCGCCAGAUCCUGUGUCCCGGCCGGUGGGCGGUAGAUAAUUUUGCAGGUGGACGGCGUCCUAUAAUUUUCGGUCGUGUGCUGCAUCGUCCGUGGACAAUACAAACGAACUUGUAAUUCGAAGACGAGGUUCGGCACAACAACUGUUCAGGGGAUGGAGUACGCCAUCGUUGGCUGCAUGAAAAAUUUAUCCUUCAGUUAAAUCUUC